AUGGUUGACAAAGCCUCUCAUUCCUGGGAAUGGGGCACAGCCGCAGAAGCUCUUCUAGAGCUGUAUAAUCCCGAGCUAUCUGUCUUUGGAUCCAAUCCUUUCCCUGAUGGCAAAGUUCCUCCAGCCGACCCUAGCACCACCGCCCUUGCAUAUGCGAAGCAGUUCAUAAACCGCAAUUCGCAAACACUUGUCAAUGACACUGCGGUCGGCGAUCCGGCAUCGCUGGGUGUCUCGGCGAUUCUCCUUGGCCAGUCGGACAGUGUCUACAUCGGCGCGGCCGACCGCGAGUCUGACUUUAUCCUCAACGUUGCCCCACGAUGGAGUAACGGUGCGAUUUCCCAUCGACCGGAUGUUGCCGAGCUGUGGGCUGACAAUAUGGCCAUGUCUUUCCCAUUCUUGGCUUAUCUUGCCGUUCAGCAUAACGAUACCUCAUUGAUGUCUCUUACGGUGCAACAGUGUGGCCUGCAACGCGCUGUUCUGAAAGGCAGCAGUCUCAGUUGGCAACACAUCAUCGGUCCCCAAUCCCAAGAUACGGGCCUUUGGUCAACAAGUAACGGCUGGGCCGGCUAUGGAAUGGUGCGAGUGCUACACACACUCCAGAAGUGGAGUGGUUCGGCUUCGAUGGCUUCACAAGCGAGCCAACUCAAGGGGUGGAUCAAAGAGAUCCUCGACGGCGCGAUUCAAUCGAGCUUAGACGGCGGCUUAUUGCGCAAUUACCUUAACGAUUCCAGUUGGUUUGGCGAAAUUUCCGGAACUGCAGUUCUGAGUGCUGUGGCGUAUCGAAUGGCUGUUAACGACCCUAAUAUGUUUCCGCAAUCCUACAUCACCUGGGCCGACUCAAAUAGAAAGUCUCUGGCGCAGAAGCAGAACAGCGAUGGCCUUUUUUCGCCAGCUGUUAACCCGUAUAACUGGCAUGAUAGAACUAGGUAUACUGCUGGAUCACCUGAGGGCCAGGCAUUCGCCGUUUAUCUAUACACAGCUUAUAGAGACUGCGUCAACGCCGGGAUUUGUUAA